CUGGCACUCGCCCGCCCGCGCCUCCCGGGGCGGCCGGUGCUGCCCGCGGCUCCAGGACCAUGGACCGACUGAGCGUGCUAGACCAGCUCCUUCCAGAGCUCAGUGUUUUGCUCAAGCUGCUGGACCACGAGUACCUGAGUGCCACCACGCAGGAGAAGAAGCUGGCUGUCUCCAACAUCCUGCAGAAGCUGCAGCCACCCACAGGGAAGGAUGUGUACGUCAACACAGCGUCCCUAAGCAAUGGCACCAGCUUCGUGGAGUCUCUCUUUGAGGAGUUUGACUGUGACCUGCGGGAUCUCCAGGACAUGCAGGAAGAGGAGGAGGGGGAUGCCAGUGAUGGUGUUGGCUUGGAGCCAGCAAGGAGUCAGACAGCAAAAACUGUUCCUGUGGAUCCUGCACCACCCCUGCCCACCACACCCCCACCUGAGGAUUACUAUGAAGAAGCCCUUCCCCUGGGCCCUGGCAAGGCCCCUGAGUACAUCACUUCCCGCAACAGCUCCAGCCCCCCCAACUCUAUCGAGGAUGGCUAUUACGAGGAUGCAGACAGCAGCUAUCCUGUCACCAGGAUGAAUGGGGAGCAAAAGAAUUCCUACAAUGACUCAGAUGCAAUGAGCAGCUCUUAUGAGUCCUACGAUGAGGAGGAGGAGGAGGGGAAGGGCCAGCAGCUGACACACCAGUGGCCAUCAGAGGAAGCCUCCAUGAACCUGGUGAAGGACUGCAGGAUCUGUGCUUUCCUGCUGCGCAAGAAGCGCUUCGGGCAGUGGGCCAAACAGCUCACCAUCGUACGGGACAGCAAACUGCUGUGCUACAAAAGCUCCAAGGACCGGCAGCCACAUAUGGAGGUGCCUCUGGCCACCUGCAAUGUCAUCUAUGUCCCCAAGGAUGGGCGGCGCAAGAAACAUGAGCUGCGGUUCUCACUGCCGGGGGCUGAGGCGCUGGUGUUGGCCGUGCAGAGCAAGGAGCAGGCUGAGGAGUGGCUGAAGGUGAUAAAGGAAGCCAGCAGUCCAGCAGCGGGUGGGAUGGAAGCCCCCACCUCUCCGGUGAUGCCAUGCAAGAUGGACCUCGAUAAGCGGCUGUCUCAGGAGAAGCACACCUCUGACUCGGAUAGUGUGGUGACGGGUGAGACCAGCUCCCCAGCAGCCCGCAGAGAGCCUGGCGAGCAUGGGAAAAGCAAAAAGAGUGGCUUGGCUGACCUGAAAGGCUCGAUGAGCCGGGCAGCAGGAAAGAAGAUCACCAGGAUCAUCAGCUUCUCCAAGAAGAAGCCUUCCCCUGAGGACACGCAGACUUCCUCCACCGAGGAGGACAUCCCCUGCUGUGGCUACCUCAGCGUCCUGGUUAACCAGUGCUGGAAGGAGCGCUGGUGUCGCCUUAAGGGCAACACCCUCUACUUCCACAAGGACCGCACGGACCUGCGGACCCACGUGAAUGCCAUCGUGCUCCGGGGCUGUGAGGUGGUCCCAGGGCUGGGCCCCAAGCACCCUUUCGCUUUCCGCAUCCUUCGCAAUGGGCAGGAAGUGGCUGCACUGGAGGCAAGCUGCUCGGAAGACCUGGGCCGCUGGCUGGGUCUCCUCUUGGUGGAGACAGGCUCACAAACAGCACCAGAGGCUUUGCACUACGACUACGUGGAUGUGGAAACAAUUGCCAACAUAGUGACAGCUGUCAGGCACUCCUACCUGUGGGCUAGCUCCUCUCAGGAUCACCAGCCAGAUUCGCCCCCUGUGGUGUAUGAUGACGUCCCCUAUGAGAAGGUUCAGGCUGAGGAGGAGCCAGGGCGGCCAGCAGGAGCCCAGGUGAAGCGCCAUGCCUCCUCCUGCAGUGAGAAGUCACGACGGGUGGACCCACAAGUGAAAGUGAAGAGGCACGCAUCAAGUGCCAACCAGUACAGGUACGGGAAGAACCGGGCUGAGGAAGAUGCCAGGCGAUUUCUGACAGAGAAGGAGAAGCUGGAGAAGGAGAAAGCAUCGAUCCGCAGCGAGCUGGUGCUGCUGCGGAAAGAGAAGCGAGAGCUGCGUGAAGCCAUGAAGGGCAGCACGGCAGGGACGAAGCUGCAGGACCUGGAGCAGCAGGUGGCCGUGCUGGAGGAGCAGUGCCGGCAGAAGGAGGAGCGCCGCGUCGACCUGGAGCUCAAGCUGACCGAAGUGAAGGAGCGGCUGAAGCAGUCGCUGGCAGGAGGGCCAGCGCUGGGGCUGGCUGUGACCAGCAAGGCUGAGAACGGGGAAGCUGCAAAUAAACCAAAUGGGAACCCCCCUGAACACUUGGUCCCUGUUAACUGUGCAGCUGAACUGAGGAAAAGGAGUCCCUCCAUCCUCCCUGCCAACAAGGGAAAUGUGCUGCGGAAGGCCAAGGAAUGGGAAAAGAAGCAAACUUAAGUCAGGCUGCAGGAAUGCCUGCCAAGCCCCCACUGGACACUGGGGCUCAUAGAGGAGCUACAAUCCCCCUUUCUCUGAGGCACUGGGAAGGUGCUGGGAAGGCAUGGGGGAAGAGAUGCCCUCCCAUGCCCCACCACUGCAGCACCAUCUGCCUCAUGGACAACACUAUAAACCAUGGGAAAGGGGGUGGG